GGCGUCCAUCCGUCAGUUGGUUAGUCACACCAGAGGCGCGAUCACGUGCGCUCAGUGUACCACUGCCGCUCGCUCACCUCCCUCCUUGCAAUACGUAUCCGCCGUUUCGUUGAAUUCGCGAGUGUUAAAUUUUGCAACAUUCGUACUAGAAGGCCGCGCACGUAUUGAGAAAUAUACAAGCAUCGUGAUUAUGGAAAUUUGAGUUUGGUUUUGAAGUGCAAAUUUUAAACAAUGUUAUCCAUGGAGUCGUUGUGGUGCAGUUCCGAGUCGGAACUGUCGACGUUGAGGAUGUGCAAGAGUGCAGAGAGGUCGGAGAGGUUUAAAAGGAAGCCCUCUAAGAGUUUGAUCCCUCAGGGGCUCUUGCACUCGCAGCCGGAGCCGCAACACCGGCACCAUAGACAACGUCGGUCCGGAACUUGGCCGCGGACGAGGUCCCUGAAUGCGCCGUCCCCGAUACAACAAUUUGGACCAUGUGGCAGGAUAAUGAAGAACUCUGCAAUGGUUAUGCAGAUCCAGGACCCCGCGUCGCAGAGGCUCACGUGGUACAAGCCGCCGCUCACGGUGCUCGUGAUCAAGAAGAUACACGAUGCCACUAUCAUCACGCCGUUCGUACAGCUGGUGCAUUGGCUCGUUAAUGAUAAGAGCAUGGUGGUGUUCGUGGAGGCGUCCGUCCUGGAGGACCGCAUCCUCUCCGAGUAUGGGAACUUCAACGCGGUGAAGGAGCGGCUGAUGACGUUCCGCGCCGGCACCGACGACCUCACGGAUAAGAUCGACUUCAUCAUAUGCCUGGGCGGCGACGGCACCCUGCUGCACGCCAGCUCGCUGUUCCAGCAAUCCGUACCUCCUGUUAUGGCAUUCCACUUGGGUUCGUUAGGGUUCCUCACGCCCUUCGAAUUCAAUAAUUUCCAGGAGCAAGUUAUGAAUGUGCUAGAAGGUCACGCAGCCCUAACGCUCCGGUCGCGUCUCCAGUGCGUGGUGCUAAGGAAGAGUACAGAAGACAACAAGAACAAGAAGAAGCCCACAACAAUCCUGGUGCUCAACGAGGUUGUAGUGGACCGCGGGCCGUCUCCAUAUCUGUCGAAUAUCGACCUGUUCUUGGAUGGGAAACAUAUCACCUCCGUGCAGGGAGAUGGUCUGAUAGUGUCGACGCCGACGGGCAGCACAGCGUAUGCGGUGGCGGCGGGCGCGAGCAUGAUACACCCGUCCGUGCCCGCCAUCAUGGUGACGCCCAUCUGCCCGCACUCGCUCUCCUUCCGCCCCAUCGUGGUGCCCGCGGGCGUCGAGCUCAAGAUUUCGCUGUCACCUGAUGCUCGGAAUGCAAUGUGGGUGUCCUUCGAUGGCAGGAAUAGACAAGCGCUACAACAUGGUGAUAGUUUAUACGUCACGACCUCAGUAUACCCGGUGCCGUCGAUAUGCGCGCUCGACCAGAUAUCCGACUGGUUCGACUCGCUCGCCGAGUGCCUGCACUGGAACGUGCGCAAGAAACAGAAGCAAAUGGACGAGUUGAGUGACGUCACGCAGUCCUCCAGCGACACGCUCGACGAGAUCGACAACCACGACGAGCGGCGCGCCGACACGUGACAAGUGUACACACGACUUUAUGUUUAGCGUUCAAUCGAACUUGUGAUAGUCUAUGGUUUUGUUUUCGCGCGGUUUCGUUUAAUAAAGAACGUGUGGUGAUUUUUAAUGUACCUAGUUGUAAGGAAUCGAAUGCACUUUAAAAUAAAAUUGAAGCUUUGAUUUGACGGAUACAAUUAAUAUCAAAUUUUACGUAAAAUUUUUAAAUUAUGGUGGAUUUGUGAAGUUGCAGGUUUACACGCUAUGAAAUUCAAUGUGAAGACUGUCAACGUUUUUUAGCUUUUAUCGAUAUUUUUCGUCGAUUUUUAGAUUACCGGUUUUAAAUAAAUCGUUCGUAAGGUUGCUGAAGAAAUUAAUUAAAUGACUUUUUGUCUUAUUAUAUUGUAGAAUGUACGUCAAAUUUUACAUGAUCUUAUACCGGUUUUUAUUACGAGAAUAAUGUAAACCCAUGUUAGUGUUCUAAGCGCUAUUAUUGUGCAAUAGUAUCAUUGUGAUGGAUAAAUAAUAAUGAAUACAAAAUAUUGUGUUCAACUUUAUAUUACAUGACAUUCCCCUAGGCAAUUAUUAUAGUGAUUGGAAUUUGUAUUUUAAUCAAAAAUGCUUUUCUACUUAUUCUUAUAAAUUACAAAUUGAUCGUUCAUAAUGAUACAAUCUUAUUGAUAAAAAAUGCAAUGGCAUAAUACAUGAGGCAAUGGGAAGUUUUAUUUUUCGUAUUCGUCUUUUAGAAAAAAAAAACAUUUGUUUAAGUAAUAUAAGAAACGAAAAAGACGUAUGUGGAUAUGUUUUUUGUUGCCGCUAAGGAUUUACGAUAAAUAUCGUAUGUGUAUAGGCUCAAGUUUUAGUGGCUUUUAAUGUAACAUGACACAAUGGUGGUAGUGGUGCUUUGUUAUUCUGUGUACGAAAAACUAUGUGCCAAGGACGAAUGUUAAGAUAAUAUGUAGCACAAACUGGUCAGACAAAUGAAUAUUAUUAUGGAAAAUACAUUAAUAGAAUAUAUUAUUUAUUUAAAAACUAUGCUUUCAUUAAAGAUUGUGUACAAAAUAAUGGUUAUUUAUCUACCACAGACAAGAUAUAAUAAAAUGGCUGUUACAAUCCCUAUGGUGUGGCAAACUCACAAAUUUACUAACCUUACCUGUGUAUAAUAUAUCAUACAUCUUAUUUCGCUGCUUUAGAUUUAUCGGGAAAAUUCAAAUCUUGUUCCACAAU